GCAAUGGGAGGGCAUGCACUCAAAGAGUUGAACCAAAACUUGCUUUGGUUGUGGUGGAGUUGCCAAGUGAAGCUUUUAUGGAGGAUUGGGAACCUACUGAGAGCUCAUUUAUGGUCUUAAAAGCACCAGGGAUGAAUGUGCUCAAGGUUUCUUUAAGUAAACCACAUGAAAGACUAGCAGAUGGUGUCUCAGUCUGGGAAUGGUCAGGCUCUGCAUUGGAUGAAGGAGAUGAAGCAUCACAGUGGUUUUCAGAUUUUCUAGGGAAGCCCUACCGUCUAGUUCGUUUUAAUACUGCUUCAGAAACUAGGCAUGUGGAUCCUAAAUAUGCUCCUGGACACAAAGUCUUAUUUUCUGACAUGUCUCCAUACAUGCUGUUGUCUCAGGUUGGUCUAGUUGAGAAUUGUUAAGUAAGUUUCCUUUGCUUUCACAUAGAAUUUUAAAGGUGGAUCU